CCUCAGCUGAGCUACCGAGCCUCCUCUCAACGAUGGCACUCCCUCCAGGUGUACCCUUCCUGAUCCGUGUGUCCCUCAUUCUGGCAUUUGCUCCUGUAUGUGUCGUCAUCGUCGCAAAUUUCAUCUGGCGACAUACCGACGUCGCACUCCCGACUUGGCCGGUGACUCUCCUCACGGUCGCGAGCACGCCCUUGACGAUAUUAGUGCGUGUUUGGUACCGACAGUGGAAAUACCAGCGAGCUGCUGCGCGCCUGGGCGCCAUUAUGCCGCCGCGGUGGGUGGGCAAGAAGCUCGGCAAUCUGGACAUUUUGAAGGAGAUGUUGCAGACGAUGCAGUCCGGGUAUAUUGCUGACUUCGCGUGGAAAUUAUUCAACAACCUAGGAAACACAGUUCAGAUGAAUGUCUUGGGGGGCACGGCAUAUUUGACGUGCGAUCCUAACAUCAUCAAGAGUGUCCUUGCGACCGACUUCAACAAUUUUGAGAAAGGCGACCUCUUUAAACAGGAGAUGGCCUCAGUUCUCGGAACGGGCGUGUUUAACGCUGAUGGCGAUAUGUGGAAAUGGCAUCGCGCGAUGACGCGUCCAUUCUUCAGCAGGGACCGCAUCAGUCACUUUGAACUUUUUGAUCGCCGCAGCGAGCAAGCUGUUGCAAAGAUGACCGAGCGUUUCCACUCAGGGUACGCCGUCGACUUCCAAGACCUGAUCUCGCGCUUUACGCUCGACUCUGCGACCGAGUUCCUCUUCGGCUCCUGCGUAAACUCGCUCCACUCGCCGCUCCCGUAUCCUCAUAACCAGCAUCCGACGCCGUUCUCGCACCCCUCCUCCAAGUCCCUCGCAUCCAACCCCUCACGUGCGGAGGCGGUCGCGAGCGCAUUCAUGCGCGCGCAGAUCGUGCUUGCGGAGCGUGUGGCUAUGGGCGCUAUCUGGCCGCUGCUCGAGAUGCGCAAGAGUCGAACGGGCGAGCACAUGCGCAUCAUAGACGAGUAUCUGGACCCGAUUCUGAAGGAUGCCCUGCGGCGGAAGGAGGAUAUGGCAAAUAUCGGAGCAGGUAUACACGAUGACAAGGAGAGUAGUGAUACCGACGGAGAGACCCUAUUGGAUCAUCUGGUACGGCUGACGAGCGAUCCGGUUGUGCUACAUGACGAGGUGCUCAACAUCCUCAUCGCGGGGCGUGACACUACUGCCGGCACGCUCACAUUCGUGGUGUACUUCUUGUGCAUGUACCCUGACGUAUUCAACCGAUUGCGUGCGGAGGUUCUAGAGAAGGUCGGUCCGAACGCCCGUCCGACGUAUGCAGACAUCAAGGAGAUGCGGUACUUGCGUGCGGUAAUCAAUGAGACGCUGCGACUGUACCCUGUUGUAUGGUCAAUUCACGAGGGCACCCUCCCCAAUCCCGAUCCUAAUGGCAAGCCGUUCUACCUACCACCGAAGACUCCGGUAACGUACACGGUGUUCGCAAUGCAUCGCAGGAAGGAGUACUGGGGACCCGAUGCGGACGAGUUUGACCCCGACCGCUUCCUCGAUGACCGCGUUGCGAAGUACCUCACGAAGAACCCGUUUAUAUUCCUCCCGUUCAAUGCUGGCCCGCGCAUCUGCCUUGGGCAACAGUUUGCGUAUAACGAGAUGUCCUUCUUCCUGAUCAAGCUAAUGCAACACUUCUCUGCGAUGGAGCUAGCACCCGAGGCCGCGCCGCCUGAAUCUCUCCCUCCCGCGGAGUGGGCGGUCACCGGCUGGGGCCGUAAGCGCAUCGAACGAUUCUGGCCCAAGUCCCACCUCACUCUAUACUCUAACGGCGGUAUGUGGGUCAAGAUGGUAGAGGCCGAUGACUUUGACAAGGACGAUCGGGAUGUUGGCAUCUGA